AUGCGCCCAUCUUGGUUCCUCGUUUCUACCUUAACAGCUCUGGCUGCAGCCGAUGAGGCCGGCACAACAGUUAUCAACUAUUUCGGAGUCGCGGAUCCUGUUAACGGCUUCGCCCUCGGCGACUACACCAGCACCGUAGCUCGAGUUGUUGCCAUUGGCAAGUACGCCACGACCUACGAGAUAGCCUGCCUGAAAGACGCAUCUCAAUGCGGAUUGCACCAUCCUGCAACCAUUGUCCAGGGCCCUACCACUUACAGCGCCUCUAUCGAAGUCACUGAGUCUACCGGCGGUGCUGAGGCUGUUGCAACCGGCAUCGAGCAAUGUAGCUUCACCCGCGUUUCUGAGUCUGUUGUCUGCAUGUGGAGUGUUGCAUACACUGCCUCGCAAGGUGAUAUCACCAUUUCCGAUUCCUUCUCUAGCACACAGUCCAUCCCUGCGUCUUCGGUUAGCUAUCAUCCUCUUACUGUCACUGAUGGCGUCUACGCUUUGACGGGUGAUGCGACGGCUUCGGUCUCUGGCGUGAAGGUCACUCCUACCGCUUCUGGCAUGAAGGUCACUCCUACCGCUUCUGACGUGAAGGUCACUACUACCGCCUCUAGUGGGGAUGCGGCGGCUUCGGCUUCUGGCGUGAAGGUCAAUCCUACUGUUUCUAGCGGUGCCGCUGCCGGUGCUGCAAAGCCUUUGAUUACUGCUGCGCCGCUGGGUGCUGCUGCUCUUGCGGCUUUUGCGGCUAUGAUCUAG